CUCUUAAAACCCAAUCCACUCAACUUGCUUGCAAGGCCACAGUUGCCAAAAGCCCUAUUCCAGGCACAAAUAAUGCUUGGAAUGGUGAGCCCACAAAUGUUGCAGAUACCAAAUAUCAGGCAAGCUUCAGGUCAUACCUCACAGCCUCCAUUCAACGAGGCCUUGCAGUCUGGGUUGGUGCCCAAUGUGCAAGAAGGCCAAUUUUUUGCUAUGCAUCAAAAUCCAUUGGUUAGAAGCAAGUUUCUCCACCCCAACCGCAAUAAAUGCAGCAUUCAAACUGAAACCACAAGCAGCAGCGUUACUCGACGGAGCUGCAGCAGGAGCAGGCGGCGAUGGAAAUCAGGCUCCUCGCCAAGAACAAGUCCGAAAUGGCACGAUUAAGCCAUUGAUUUCGCUCCUAUCGUCGUCUGAUCUCCAGCUCCAGGAGUACGGCGUUACUGUGAUUCUCAACUUCUCGCUGUGCGACGAGAAUAAGGAGCUCAUCGCUUCGUCAGGAGUAAUCAAGCCACUCGUUCGGUCGCUCAAGACGGGGACCGCCACAACGAAAGAGAACACCGCCUGCGCUCUGCUCCGCCUCUCGCAAAUCGAAGAGGACAAAGACGCAAUCGGACGAUCGGGAGUGAUUCCGCUUCUGGUGAACCUUCUAGAGUGUGGAGGCUUUCGUGGGAAGAAUGACGCGUCGACGACUUUGUACUCGCUUUGCUCGGUCAAAGAGAACAAUAUUAGAGCCGUCGAGUCGGGAAUCAUGAAGCCGCUGGUGGAAUUGAUGGCGGACUUCGGGUCGAACAUGGUGGACAAGUCGACGUACGUGCUGAGCGUCCUUGUGUCGGUGCCGGAGGCCCGCGCAACGUUGGUGAAGGAAGCCGAGAUUCCGGUGCUGGUGGAAAUUGUAAAGGUGGGGUCGCAGCGGCAGAAUGAGAUAUCGGUGGUGAUAUUACUGAAGCUUUGCGAGAACAGUGGGGUCCACCGUAACAUGGUGGUCUGCAACGACGCCAAUCGCGCCAAGCAAAAGGCGGAGACAUUGACAAAGCUUUUACGGCAACCGAGGUCCGGCAACGGCGCUGCACGACCGUCAGACGUGUCAUUAUAACUCGCUCCACGUCACCACCGUGGGCCCACCACCUAGCUACGUUCCCAGAUAUAGCAAUGGCCAUGUAAUCAAACACUGAAAGAGU